CCUUUUUCUACCAUAUUCAACACCUCCUCAAUUCAAGCUUUUACUCAAAAUGGCCACUAUUACUGUAGCUUCUGCUCCAAGCGGCAUUGAGGUGCCAAGAAUUUUGGCUAUUGACCAAAAGUACUUUGAUUCUCCAAGACGCCAGGCAUUGACCCCCAACAGGGAAUCUCUUUUGGCCAUUGGAAUUCCCGGAGUGGGUUAUGAGCCUGGCAUGACCCUUCCGCCUCUUGGGAUCCGCCAUUAUUUGGACUGUGUUCCAAAUAAUGUGGCGGUAGGGUUUCAAGUCUUCAAUGGAACCAAGCACUCUUUGAUUCCACUGAAAAGCGAUAUCAUCAGUGGAUGUCUGCUAGAUGAGGUCCCAUGUGUUGCCCCAGGGUUCGUGGAACUGUUUGGCGUGCGGAAGAACACACCGUUCAGUGGAACUCGUGGAACGACGACUUGGCAAAUGGGGACAACAAAUAACUAUCUGUCUGUUGGUUGGUCUGUUCCUUACAACAGAGUCUUGUUCGACAAUUGGCUCAUGGCCGGGGUCAAUGGUGAAGAUCCUCAGCGCUGCUUUAACCAAAUGUAUUGUAAAUCGCAGACUUGGUUUCAGCGCAAGCGUUUCAACGAGGAGCUGAACGGGUCGCUCAAGUUUUCUGUGAAAGGUUACAAGAUAGCUGCUACCAUGGAUUGGGAGUACAAGUCCAUGGCUAGCAUUACUGUUGUACCCCAUGAUCCCGACGAGAUUGCUGAUCGCCUUUAUAAUUUUGCAAUGUCGGACAUCUGAAAUGUUCACCCAUAUGGUUUUUACUCAGAUGAAAUAUAUAAAU